GCAAAUUUAGGGAAUGUUUUCCUUUCUUCCCCGUGCAUUUGUUUGUUGGAUCCCUCCGGUGUGAGUCUAACCUAGGUUCUGGCUCUCUCCCAGUGGAAACAGCGCGGAGCGGCAGGAAUGCGGCUCUCGCAGCGGACAGCAGCAGCUCCUCCGUCAGACGUGACGUCGCCGGUUCCCCGCUGAAAAACUAACCCGACCAAACUUUUUUCUAUGAGAAAAAAAAAGACAACGAGCCCAAAAUAUGCUCUCUUUUUGACGGGGGAGCCUCGGAAUGACCGGACUCUGCUUGCUCCUCGACGCUCCAUCCCGCUGUGGACAUGUUGAAGUCCUGCCGUCCCGACGCUGCAGCCGCGGCCGCGGCGCUGGUUUUUUGUGUAACUGUGUUGCUGGCGAAAAGCUGCGUGUGUGUCACCGAGGAGGACGAUGAAGUCCUGGAAAAGAAGCAGCUCGGGGAGUUUUACAGGAAGGGUGUUUUUAUCCUGGAGAGCGUGCCGCUGAAACGCUGCAUCACGGUGGAUCGCUCCAACCUGGUGCUGGAGGACUGCAAGCGCCCUACGCGCCGCAUGUUGUGGAAGUGGGUCUCUCAUCACCGCCUCUUCAACUUGGGCACCAGCAUGUGCCUGGGCCUCAACAUUUCAGACACGACGCAGCCUCUCAGCAUGUUCGAGUGUGACAUGACCCACACCAUGCUGUGGUGGCGUUGCCGUGGAAACAUGCUGUACGGGGCUUCCCAGUGGAAGGUGACUGUAGCUGGACGUUUGGUGGUGGUUAAGAAAAAUAUUUUCCAUGAAUGGAAAAGGUACAACACUCCUCAGGAAGGUCCCUGCUCAUAUCCAUAUGAAGAUACCCACACAUUGUUAGGAAACGCACACGGUAUGCCCUGUGCUUUCCCCUUUAAUUACAACAACAAAUGGUAUGCAGAGUGUACAACUGAGGGGCGCGAGGACCAUCUCCACUGGUGCUCUACCACCCCUCGCUAUGACAUUGCUGAAAGAUGGGGAUUCUGCCCCGUCAAAGACUCCAGUUGUGAGCACUUCUGGGAAUCAAACCAGGAGCUGCAGGCUUGCUACCAGUUCAACCUGUACACCAUCAUUACUUGGAGUCAGGCGCUGUCAACCUGCCAGGCCCAAGGUGGAAACCUGCUCAGCAUCACCAGCCUGGCAGAGUACAGGUACAUCAGAGAUCGGUUGGCAAGUGUCGGAGCGAUGGUGUGGAUCGGGCUGAACCAUCUAAAGGACGGGCACGGUUGGCAGUGGUCUGACGGAGCGCCUCUGUCACUGGUGAAUUUCACCACAGCUCUGCCUGCCAGCCCGCUACAGGACAACAGGCAGUGUGGAGUUUACAACUCGGCCUACGACAGCCACUGGCAGAGCCUCUCCUGCGAGUCUGCGCUGCCUUACAUCUGCAAGAAGACACCCAACAACACCCGGAAAGCUGAGUCGCUAGAGAACUGGCAAUACAUCCGUACAGAGUGUGCUGACGGCUGGUGGCCUCAUAAUGGCUUCUGCUACCGUGUGCUGCCAGAAGCAGAAGCUGGAAGCUGGGAGACGUCUUCCCAGGCCUGUGGCUCUCAGGGGGCAAAUCUCACCAGCCUCCACUCUUUGUCAGAGGUGGAAGUGCUGCUCAUCCUCCUGGCUAACUUUACUGGAGAGGAUACGGCGGUCUGGAUUGGUCUUUGGAAAAGGGCGUUGUCCCCGGCUGUAGAGUGGUCAGAUGGUUCACCAGUAACUCUUACUCUCUGGCACCAGUAUCAUCCUAUCCACAACCUGACGGACGCAACGCUCUGCACCAAAGUGGACAGGAAGGAAGGUACCUGGCUGCUGGCGUCAUGUAACGAGCGGCUGCCUGCGGUGUGCAGAAGAGAAAGCCAGAAGCCAAUUCAGGAACCUGGACCCUGGGAUGAAGGAUGUCCUGUGGGGUGGAAGCGACAUGGCCAUUCCUGCUACACAGUGACUAGUCAUGAACAGAGCCAUGAAGAUGCAUGGAUGGGGUAUUACUGCAAGGCCCCUCUGCUUACUGUGGAAAACAGGUUUGAGCAGAUAUUUAUCAACAGUUUGCUGAGUGCGAGUGGAGCCAACAGUAGCACGUAUUACUGGAUUGGGGUCACGGACCAGGACAGGGAGGGGGAAUACACCUGGCUUUCCCAAAAUGGCUCCGCUCAAACUCUCACCUUCACAAACUGGAACAAACACCAGCCAGUCAGCGCAGGUGGAUGUGUUGCCAUGUCAGGUGGACCUGCUCUGGGUCGCUGGGAGGUGAAAGACUGCAAGUCACACAAGGCCAUGUCAGUGUGCGAGCAGAGCAUCGACAGCUACCACAACGUUCAGCUUCCCGAGCACCACAUCGACGCCUACACCGCAUGUCCCCCGGGCUGGGGCUCACAAUCCGGGUUGCUUCCCUGUUAUAAGGUGUUUCAUGAUGAGAAAGUCCUGAUGAAGCGCUCCUGGGUGGAGGCAGACUUCUUCUGCCAGGCCCUUGGGGCUCAGCUGGCCAGUUUCCAGCACUAUGAGGAUCAGGUGUUUGUCAAGCACCUCCUCAAUACCAUGUUUGCAGGAACAGAGGUCCGCUGGUUCUGGGUGGGUUUAAAUAAGAGAGACCCUGAACGUGUUGGAGACUGGGAGUGGUCUGACGGUUCUGCUGUGGUGACAUCUUUCAUUGAAGAUAAGAAUGAUGAGGAUGACAGGAGGGACUGUGCUGUGUACAGUGCCAUGACCAAUGCUCUCACGCCACAGCCCUGUGACACCAAACAUGAGUGGAUCUGCAAACUGUCCAUCGGUGAUGAACUGAAAAAGCCCUACUGGUACACUGAGCAGAGCGAGGCCUGGGUGUUUUACCGCGGGGCUGAGUACUUGCUGGCCAAUCAGCCCUUCGACUGGCCCUCUGUCUCUCUGGCCUGCCAGAUGAUGGGAGCCCAGCUGCUGUCCAUUCACUCCAAGGAGGAGCUGCAGUUCAUCAAGGACCAUAUGCGGCGGCAUCCUUUGGGCCCGACUGACUUGUGGAUUGGCCUGUCCUUUGGACAGCCUGGAGAGGAGUUCAGGUGGAGCGACAAGACAGAGGUGGAAUUUCAGAACUGGGCUGAUGCGAGUGUUCGCGGUGGCCUCAGAAAAAGCGGCACUUGUGUGAGCAUGUCUACCUUGACAGGGAAGUGGUCGACGAGUAAAUGUAGCAACCUUCACAGCUACGUGUGCAAGAGAAAGACCGUGUCGGUGGUGGAGACCCCCAGGGAGCCACACUACAUCGGUGGAUGUCCAGAGAAAUGGCUGUACUUUGGACACAAGUGUCUUUUACUUCACCUCCCUGCCAGCCCAAAGGAGGGAAAGAGUUGGAAAGAUGCCCAGUCCAUCUGCUCGUCGUUCAAAGGCUCGCUGGUUGCCAUAGAAGAUGAGAUUGAACAAGCCUACAUCACCAUGUUGCUGCAAGGGAGUUCUGUAGGUGUGUGGAUUGGUCUGCGGGAUGGGGACACCAUGAAAUGGAAAAAUGGGAAACCAGUCAGCUAUACUAACUGGUCUCCAAUUGAACCAAAGAGCUAUCUCACAGAGGAUGAGUGGCUCUCUGGCUUUGCUGAUGAACCACUUUGCACUGUUUUGUCCAACAACCACAAUUUCCACCUUACUGGGAAGUGGUACGAUGAGAAGUGCAGCGAAAGUGGAUAUGGCUUUGUUUGUCAGAAACCUCAAGAUAAAUCCAAACCCCCCACCCACUCCUAUCACCACCCUCUCCCUGAAAAUAUUGAGUACAGGAGCCGCAGCUACAAGGUUGUGUCUGGCAACAUGAGCUGGUACGACGCGAUGCAUAUGUGCAUAGAGAAUGAUUCUGACCUAGUGAGCGUUACAGAUGCCUACCACCAGGCUUUCCUUACUGUCCUUGUCAAUAGAUUGGCAGUCCCACACUGGAUUGGACUGUAUAGUCAAGACGAUGGCAUCAAUUAUCAGUGGUCCGACGGCAGUGACACGGUGUACACGCACUGGGACCAGGCUGAUGACGACGAUGACUUUGUGAACGGAGAGUGCGUGUACAUCGACGUGAGCGGAGGCUGGCGGCGAGCUGACUGUGAAGCUCUGCUACCAGGAGCCCUGUGUCAUGUCCCCCCACCGAGUAACAAACCGUUUAUCUCAUAUGAGAUGGCAUGUCCCUCCACUUGGGUGAAAUUCGGACAUGGAUGUUACAGCUUUGAGCCCGUGGUGGAGAAACUUACUUUUGAGGAGUCAAGAGAACACUGCAGGCAUAAAGUCAACACCUCCGAUGUGCUCACCAUCGAGAGCGAGACGGAGAAUCGCUUUGUCUUGGAGCAGCUUUGGUCAUCAGGGACUGUUCACCAGACCAUUUGGUUGGGGAUGUACUUUAACAUCGACACUGAUUCCAUGGCCUGGGUAGAUGGUUCGCCAAUGGACUACACCAACUGGGCCAACAAAGCCCCGGACACCAAACUGCUGAAUUCAGAUGCUUGCAUUACCGUUGCUGAUGGUGUUUGGCACCUAUCGACAUGCUCAGAACGUCUGGGCUUCGUCUGCAAAAUCAUCUCAGAUGGGACUUCUGAGGUGGAAGUGAAACCGUUAAAUGCUCUGCAUCACGGCAUCGUCCCUGCUGCAGUGCUGGUGGCUGUGCUGAUCUUUGUCCUGCUGGCAGGGGCAAUGUGGUUUCUAUACAAGAGGAACAACAGACGUUUUCGCGGGCUUCCUACUCUUGGCAGCGCUUAUUACAGACAAACCAGCUCUCAGUCGACAGAGUCGGAUGGAAAUGUGCUGAUCACUGACCUAGAAGCUUACUCAGGAGAAUAGCAUUCACGAUUAAAGUUCAUCUCCCAAGUCUCUACCUGUGCCCUCACACCUGGCCAUGAAAGCCAUGUGAUACUGUAAAGCUGUGAUGCCAAAUCCUCAGGACUGUGCUGAGAAGAUGGAAAACAUGCAUGAAGGAUCGCACCUGCUCUCCAUUUCAGAUUUAUUCAAAAUAUUUAAAUAAGACAAAAGUGAAUAAUUUCUCAUUUUGAUACAUUUUAAUUUAUGUUUGAACCAACAAAGUUUGCAUUUAUGAAAAUGCUGAAUAAGGAAUGCUUGAGGGCUUUACAUGUGUUAAGAGGGACUCAACACAUGUGUAUAUUCGUGAAGAAUGAGGAUUUAUUCACCUUCAUUUGUAAACAGUUUUGUGCAGAAUACAUUAGACAAUUGAUUUUUGUCGGGUUUAAACAAGCCGAGGAAAUUCUUUGUUUACUUGUGAAAAGUAAUACUUUCCAAAAACAAAGAAAUGGAUGAUAAAAUGUAAACUACAGUAUGUUGUGUAAUUUUGUAAAUGCCAUUCAGAACUGAGCUGUUUGUUUUGUACAUGGGUUGCUGCAACGUUAUCAGUAUUACUUUUACAUUUUUAUUAAGCUAUGAAUGCUGUACAUUUAUGCCAGAAGCUUUUACAUCACCAAAACCAGCAGCAAAAUGUGUAAGGCAUGACUCAUGACUGGAUUUUUUUUCUAAUUUGACUGCUGACGCAAAGCAAGUUUAAAGUGCCUUGCAAAGUUUUAUUCAGACUUGAAUAAACUGAAGUUAUAUUGAAUGA